CUUUUCUUUUUUUCUGCGCUCGAACUUUUUUAAUUAUAUUCCUCUCAGCACACACUCUCCUUUUAUCCUGCUAUUGCAAUUUUUACUUUUCUUUAUACUAUAUCUCUCAUCCAAAGAAGAAACACCGAAGCAAACACUCAUGUCGCAGCAUCCUUCCGACGCACCCGCCACCACCAGCCGCGGCGUACUGACCACGGCCAACGGCAACCCCGUUGAGAACAACCAGACGUCGAUGACAGCCGGUGACCUGGGACCCGUUGUUCUGCAGGAUUUCCAUCUGCUGGACAAGCUGGCCCACUUUGACCGCGAGCGCAUCCCCGAGCGCGUCGUCCAUGCCAAGGGAGCCGGUGCACAUGGAUACUUUGAGGUGACCAAGGACAUCAGCCACCUGACGUGCGCCAAGUUCCUCAGCAAGGUCGGCAAGCGCACGCCUAUUUUUACCCGCUUUUCUACUGUUGGAGGCGAGCUGGGCUCGGCGGAUACUGCCAGAGAUCCGCGCGGGUUCUCGGUCAAGUUCUACACCGAGGAGGGCAACUGGGAUAUGGUCGGCAACAACACGCCGAUCUUUUUCAUCCGCGACCCGAUCAAGUUCCCUGACUUUAUCCACACCCAGAAGCGGCAUCCGCAGACGCACCUGCCGGAUGUCACGAUGAUGUGGGACUUUUGGUCGCUGGUGCCUGAGUCGCUGCACCAGGUGACCAUUCUGAUGUCCGACCGCGGUAUUCCUGACGGAUAUCGCCAUAUGCACGGGUUUUCGAGCCACACUCUCAAGCUGGUUAAGGGGGACGGCUCCUUCCACUACGUCAAGUGGCACUUCCUUACCGAGCAGGGGAUCAAGAACAUCUUGCCCGAGGAUGCUGCGCGGCUGGCGGGCACCGAUCCAAACUACGCGACGCGCGACCUGUUCAACGCAAUUGAGCGCGGCGACCACCCGGCCUGGAAGGUUUAUAUCCAGGUCCUUGAGCCUGAGCAGGCCCUCAAGUACCGCUUCAACCCAUUCGACGUCACCAAGGUCAUCAGCAAGAAGGACUUCCCGCUGCAGGAGGUUGGCCGCAUGGUGCUGAAUCGCAACCCCGAGAACUACUUUGCUGAAGUCGAGCAGGCGGCUUUCUGCCCGUCGCACAUGGUGCCGGGAAUUGCGCCGUCCCCUGACCGCAUGCUGCAGGGCCGCCUGUUCAGCUACUCGGACACCCACCGCCACCGCCUGGGCCCCAACUACCAACAGAUCCCGAUCAACCGUCCAAUCUCUGGUGUCAACAACCACCAGCGCGACGGCGCCAUGACCAUCAACGGCAACGGCGGCUCAGCGCCCAACUACGAGCCCAACUCGUUUGGCGGCCCUGCCCAGAACAAUUUGGCCGCCCAGUCGCACGCCAAGAACUUUACCGUUCAGGGCGAGGUUGCUCGUCACACCUACGAGGUUACUGACGACGACUUUGUGCAGGUCGGUCAUCUCUACAACCUUUUCACUGCUGAGCAAAAGGACCGUCUGGCCAAUGUGCCUGAUUUCAUUCAGAAGCGCCAGCUCAAGCACUUCUACCGCGCCGACAAGGACUACGGCCGUCGUGUCGAGUCUGCCCUCAAGGCUGCCGGAUCCAAGAUCUAAUGGCUCUCGUAGUUUAUCACAUUUUCCACAUUUUUUAAACAUUUUCUCAUUAAAAUAUAUUUUAAACAUUUU